AUGGCCGAUCUCCCAGUGGAUGGAGACAGUGGCAGCACGCCCGACGACAAGAUCCAUGAAAUCAUCCAUGCCUCAGCAAACCACGACAUACGGACAUUACAAAGAUAUAUCGAUCAAUAUUCCUUUCCGGAAUGUAAAGUCGUCGAUAUCCAGGACCCCAUCACUGGCUUCUCGCCGCUCCAUGCUGCGAUAUCCGUCUGCGCUACACAACUCAAUGGAGAUUCUACUUCUCUCUCGCACAGUGAGGAGAGCGGAACCCGAUUUCUCAAGUUCUUGCUCGAGAACGGCGCGAUCUGGAACCAGCUAGACAAGAAUGAUGAGACCCCAGGAUGUAUUGCCUACCGCCUGGGGCUGCACGAUCUUUACCAAGUCAUGGUCGAUGCGGGAGUCCGUGCAGAGAUGGUUCUCAGCCGCCUGGAAGGGUACGAGAGACUAAAUGACGACGAGGACGGCGAGGAUAACAACGUGGCCGAAGAGUCGCAAGGCCAGGGCGAUUCGGAUGCCAACACGUCACACGAGGAUGUUACUAGCUCAGUCUACCUUUCUUCGGCACUGUCACUUGGCGAUAACAAUCUUCUGGAUGAGCAACAAAACGGUGUCAUGAUGAGAUGGGAAAGCGACAUUAUGCUCCAGUCCACCAACGCACUCUUAUCAGAGCCAGGCUUGAAGAUCCUGAACAUUGGCUUUGGCAUGGGCAUCAUUGAUACACACAUCCAAAACCAUGCUAACAAGCCCGCGAGUCACCAUAUUGUGGAAGCUCACCCAGAUGUCCUCAGCAAAAUGGAGAGUGACGGGUGGAUGGAAAAGCCUAAUGUGGAGGUUCACAAAGGAAAAUGGCAAAACAUCCUUCCGCAACUCAUUGCAGAAGGCGAGACCUUUGACGCCAUAUACUUUGACACUUUCGCCGAGUCGUAUAGCGCCUUCCGCGAUUUCUUCUCGGAGCAGGUGAUCAGCCUCCUAAGCCAGAACGGGCGGUGGUCUUUCUUCAACGGUAUGGGUGCCGAUAGGCAGAUCAGCUACGACGUGUAUCAAAAGGUUGUCGAGUUUGAUUUAUUUGAAUCCGACUUUGACGUGGAGUGGGAGACGGUUGAACUACCCAAUCUGACACGGGAGUGGGAGGGAGUUCGUCGAAAAUACUGGAACAUCGACCGCUAUCGACUUCCAAUAUGCAGGUUCAUGGAUUGA